CUCGACGUCGGCAACCGGUUUUCCGCAAGACAAACUUCAUUGAUUCAAUCAGCACUUAGACCAUCCAUCGCGCUCGCUUGUUACCGUACGUCGUCUUGGGCGACCCUAGCCGCCCCGCCCUCCCGGCAGUCCGAGCUAGCCGCCCGCCCAUCUGUUGCGCUGGUCCUCCACGACACGACUGCAGCCAUCGGCGGACGUAAAACCAGAUCCUACCGGCCGAGCUUUCGCCGUCCCUACCUCGUCAUCGCCGUGCCCAACUCUCCCUGUCGAUGGGCCCGUGAUAACGCCCCCUCCGUCUGCGGCCCUCACGAUUGCACAUGCAGCGGUUGCCGUCGCCCCUCGACCCAUGCGAAGACGCGAGCUCCAUCCUCUGUCCCUCCUUUCGAGCUCCACGCGAGGCGCACGUCGACCAGGCCCUGACUGCCCGCCAUCGAACCCACUUUCCAGCCUCCCCCCACUUCCGUCAGGCAGGAGAUAGAUGCCGGCCCGGCCGCGACGCAGUGGCUCGACGACCGCGAAGACGACUCCUCCUAGCCCCAACGCGUUACGGACUUGACGCCGCCGGCCCUCCUUCGCCUCCGCCGCACCUACUACCGCCACCAUUACCACCGGCUGGCCCUUACGCGCGAUAGACGACGCCCUCAUGUACUCCCAGAACCAUCAGCAGGGGCACAAUGCCCGGCUGAAUGGGGCGGGACGCGGGAUGCCCAGCCUGCUGUACAACUACCAGCAGCACCCCCAGCACCAGCACCCGUCUCAGCCUCAGCAGCAUCAUGGCCUGCAGCAUGACCACGGCAUGCCGAGCUCCAAUGGCCUCAAUCACCACUCCACCUUCGCCUCUGGCGUCAUGUCCGGCUCCAACGCGUUCGGGGCCGGCGGCAUGCCCAACGGACACUCGGCCGCGGCGCGCGGCGCGCAGGGCCCCCCUAACGAGAUGUGGCAAGAGCAGCUGCGGAUGCAUAAGGAGGCCGAGCGCGCCCACUCGGCCAUGACUGACCAGCAACAGCCCCACUACUACGCCCGCCUCAAGGCGUCAGAGAAUCGUGGCAUAGGCGGGCCGCCGCCUUCCACGGUCAAGACACAGGCGGACGGCGAGAAUGAGGCGGACGACCGGCGGCGGCCGUAUAAUCUUGAGCGCGAGGCACGUCGGCAGGACUGGCACAACAUGGACAUGAGCGGCCAGGGCCUCCGCAACCUCGCCCCAGAGCUGUUCCGCUACCAAUUUCUGAGCGAGCUCUACAUCGCCUCGAAUAAGCUCAUGCGAUUGCCCAAGGAGAUUGGAGAGCUGCGGCAGCUUCGCCAUCUGGACGCCUCGUACAACCAGAUCUCGGAGCUGCCCCCGGAGCUCGGCAUGUGCACGUAUCUUAAGCAGCUCCUGCUUUUCAACAACCAAAUAUCGGAACUACCCUUCGAGCUCGGAUCGUUGCACCUGCUCGAUAUGCUCGGCGUCGAGGGAAACCCUUUAGAACCUAAUCUCAAGCAGGAGAUCGUGGAAAAGGGCACCAAGAGCAUCAUCAACGCCCUGCGAGAAGGAGCGCCGAUGCCCCCGCCUCCGACCCCGCGCAAGGAGAUUGUGAUCCAGGAGGACGUGUCACAAAAUCUCGAGCGGGUCAAGGUAUUUUCGUGGAACGUGUUGUGCGACAAGUAUGCAACGGCCUCGACGUAUGGCUACACGCCGACACGCGCACUCAACUGGGAGUACCGCAAGAGCUGCAUUCUGGAGGAGCUGCGGCUGCGCGAUGCCGACUUUCUCGCGCUCCAAGAAGUUUCAACCGACGCCUUCAAGGAGGAUCUCAGCCCCGCACUGGCACAGAUGGACUACAAGGGCGUCCACUGGCCCAAAUCGCGCGCGCGGACCAUGUCGGAGAAGGACGCGCAGACUGUCGACGGGUGCGCCAUGUUCUACAAGGGUAGCAAGUACAUCUUGCUGGACAAGCAGCUUAUUGAGUUUGCAUCCAUUGCCAUCAACCGACCGGACAUGAAGAACCAGCACGACGUCUUCAACCGUGUCAUGCCCAAGGACAACAUCGCUAUCAUCUGUUUCCUCGAGUCGCGGCUGACGGGCGCUCGCCUGAUACUCGUCAAUGUGCACCUUACGUGGGACUCGGCGCUUGCGGACGUCAAGGUUAUCCAGACGGGUAUUCUGAUGGAGCACGUAACCAAGCUGGCGGAAAAGUACGCCCGAUGGGCGCCGGUUAAGGACAAGAAGAUGAUAACAGUGCCAGGGGGCGACGAUGGCGAUCCGCCGCCGCCGCCGCAGGCGGAGCCCGGCCCGAGCCAGGAGUACCGAUCCAACACGGAGAUUCCGCUGCUCGUGUGCGGCGACUUCAACUCAACCGAGGACUCGUCCGUGUACGAGCUCAUGUCUAUGGGCCGAGUACCGCCGGACCACCUGGAGCUCAGCAACUACCACUACGGUAGCUUCACGCGCGACGGCAUCGAGCACCCCUUCAGCCUACGGGACGCAUACGCGCACAUCAAGGGCACCGCCGACGAGCUGCCCUUUACCAACUACACCCCGGGCUUCGUCGAUGUCAUUGAUUACAUCUGGUACUCAACCAACACGCUCGAGGUGGUGGACCUCCUGGGCCCGCCUGACGCGGCGUACCUGAAGCGCAUGCCGGCCUUCCCCAACUGGCACUUCCCCGCCGACCAUAUCCAGAUCAUGGCCGAGUUCAUCAUCAAGGGCCGCAAGGAGAAGAAGCAGCAGCAGCAGCAGCAGCCAGCGGAGCGCGACUCGGGCAGCGGUUCCGGGACGCCGCGGGCCUGAGGGGGGGUAGGAUGGUGUUGGAUCCUUUUGCCGCAAUCUGGAUGUAGUUUUGGGUCUUGCAAAUGGAGUUAUCGGAUCUUGCAACACAGCGGACGGGGCGGGGAUGGGGCUUGUGGGAAUGUAAAUGGGCCGAAGGGGAAGCGGACUGUACUGUUUAGGAGUUGUCAAUUGUCAGCC